CUAUGGAAGAGGAUCCAUGGAUCCAACGAGAUAUUUUAAGAAAUAUAGUAACAAAUGCCGUUAAUUUGGCAAAGGAUUCAUAUUCUAAUAAUAUAAGAGCACAAAAUAGAGUUCUUGCUGUUUCUUUACAGUUCGACAUUGCCUUUGAAGGUGUUUGUAGCCUUCGUAAUAUCGAAGCAGAAAAAGAAAUUGAGCAAAUCAAGAAAAAUAUUAGAGAAUUAAAAGGAAAACUUAAAGGAAAAUCCUCCUCAUUUGCUAGAAAAAUCUAUAAAUAUUUAGAUAGUGUAGAGCUUGAUAAUCUAAAAUGGCAAAAUCCGUUGGCCAGCCAAGUGAUUACCGAUGAAUUUGUGCAAAAUUUAUCUAAGGAGUCCGGAGAUGGAAAUGUUUAUAAAAGUUUCAAAGAGCCAUUAAAUUGUAUGCAAAUAGAUGCACCAUCCAAUAUCAGGGAGAUAUGUAAUGUAUUUAUUGAAGAUUUUAACAAAGAUGAGAUUGAGAUCCUUCCACCAAAAUAUCUACAUAACCAUACUUGGAGAGAAUCAAGUGAAGAAUUAGCUAACAUCACUAGUGAGAUUUUAGAAUCUCUAAGCGAUAUCUGGAGAAACCCUGCAUUUGAAGCCAAUAUUGCAAAAACACAAAGCGAAGGAAUUUACAUGACGGAUGUGAUCGUUCCUUUGCUUCGAGCAUCAUUAAAAAAACUUCCAAUCAGAAAUACCACCUUUCUUAGCAUUGCAGAACGUCAAAGCCAAGCUAGUGCGGAUAGAAAAGGUGGGGAAAACAAGGGUAAACGACCCGAUAUAAUGCUCAUAGAAGAAUAUAAUGAAGACGAUGAUAAAAUAAAACUAUGGCGGGAGAUGAAUGAUGGGCUUUAUUGGACUUAUAGUGGGUGCAGGCCCAAUAAAAAUCAAUUUGGGGUUAUCGGAGUGCAAAUAGCCGGGGAUACGUUGCAUCUUAAGAUUAUUAUUAAAGACAUGGAUGAUAUCCACCAUCUUUAUAAUUUAUAUUCAGUUAAAAUUCCUGUAAGACCAACUGAUGGUGAAGGCGGGUUGAUCCAAGAAUUAUUUACUCCAGAGCCAUUUCUACAAGAAUCAAAUAUAAUUCAAAACCAUACGAUUGGAAUUUCUGAGACUGGCAGUCCCGGAAAAUCUAACAUUGACGAAGCAUCGCAACAUCUAGCUCAGUUAUGUGAUAAAGCUUUUGAUGCUGAGGAUGGUGCAAAUAGAGCUAACCAAGAAGAAAUCUUAUGUUGGUCCAUCUAUGGAAAGGAUUUCAGGGUUCAGUUCAAUAAGAUUAUUAAAAAUAGCAGAGGACAUCAAAUUUCAUCCGAAAAUACUGAAAUUUUGGCCCGUCUCGGAAAAAUCUUACCCAUACCUGAAGAUUCAUCAUCCACACCAGCUAAGGCAGAGACCAAUAUCGACUAUGAUGAUGUAUAUUUUGAUGAAGAAUUUGAUGAUGAUGUGUAUUUUGAUGAAGAGAUUGCUUCGCGAUCAGAUAAGGUAGAGCCGGGCCAAAGAAGUUCUUCGAACCAGGCGCUUUUACAUGAUGAUAGUGACCAUAGUCACAACAAUGAUUCUGAAGAAGAGAUGCUAGAUGAAUCGGAUGACGAUAGAUAUAGUGGGUGCGGUGGAUAUAAUGAAUAUGGCAAAUCUGAUAGAGCGCAUAUUAAUAUGCGAUUGUCUAAAUAUUGGAAGCCUU